UCAUCACAAAAGUGAUGACUAAGCACCUGCUUCUCUCUGAGAUACUGAAUGGUCCCUUCAUCUAAAUUAAUUUCAUCCUUUCUUUAGUUCUAGGAAAAUACAAAUGGGUAUUUUAACUUCAUUGUGUUAAGGAUGGAAAAUGGAGGCACGAUGUGUUUAGCAACCCUUCCACGUUAGCAGUCCGGUGUGAGGUGGGGCUAGAGUUGAAAUGCUACUUACUGACUCUCACACAGACACAGAGGCACUUACUUUCCUCAGCAAGAGGCUAUAUCACAUUUAAGAGAAUCCUCUCUGUGCCCUGUAAGAUCCUGCAGACAAAUAACUUGUAGUCUGGUGGUAAAUGUCUGGGACCAAAGAACUGCCAUUCGGUUUUAGCUUCUUUGAGGCCCAGUAGGCAAAUCUCUGUUCUGGGGACCCUGGGGGAAACGUGGUGACAGUACAGAGUACCUGCUCUAAAGAGCUUAAAGAGGAGACUGCUCCUAACGGUAAGUGUGGCAUCUAUACGUGAGGGCAUCAAGAGCAGGAAGUACCCUGGUGAGAGGGAAGUCCUGCUUCCUGGGGCACAGUCUCUUAUUCUAAAGAGGAAUUAAGACAGCACAUUAGACAUUGUGGAGGUCACAGUGUAGUGUGUGGAGUAAUGGAAAUAUCAUAGAAAUAAAGUACACAAAAUAUGUAAUGUGAUUGAAUCAUUCAAAAACCAUCCCCCCUACCCUGGACCCAGAAAAAUUGUCUUCCAUGAAACCGGAUGCUGGUGCCUAAAAGGUUGGGGACUGCGACUCUACCUGCUGGGAGGUGACUUCCCUCCACUGACGCAGUCCAGCGUCCCUUCCUUUUUACUCAGGCCCAGGCUUGCAUCCUCUGCAGAGCUCCAGUGCCUUUUUCCAUGUGUGGGCUUGUUGUUUGAAUCGUGAUUUGGUCUCAGUCCUAUAUUUUCAUGAAAACCAUUGAGAAUGAGUGUCCCUCACGGGGUACUGGCCUAACUGAUGAGCAAAGCGAAGUGGUUUCUAUCCUCAUGAUGUCCAGAAAACCCUUCCUCUGAGCAAGUGCCCCUUGGUGUAGGAGCUUCACAGGCUAUGUAGAGAAAAAUUUUGAUUUUCAUUUCUUCUUGCUCAUUGUAUUUUUUUAAACUUCCAUCCUGGGAGUUUCAUGUGGAUUGGUGGGAGUUUCAACCAUCAGUCUAUUUUCUAGUAGGAGCAGGUAACUCUGUGAUGUACCCCAGGAUAUCUGAUAAUGUUGUAAUAAAAUUAGCAAGAGUGCCAGGUGCGGUGGCUCAUGCCUGUAAUUCCAGCACUUUGGGAGGCUGAAGCAGGUAGAUUGCUUGAGCUGAGUAGUUUGAGACCAGCGUGGGCAACACUACAAAAACAUGUCCCUAUGAAAAAUUAGCAAGGCAUGGUGACACACGCCUGUACUUCCAGCUUUAUGGGAGGCUGUGGUGGAAGAAUCACCUGAGCCUGGUAAAUUGAGGCUGCAGUGCAUAAUCAUUGUACCACUGCACUCCAGCCUGAGCAACAAGGUGAGACCUGUGUCACACACAUACGCUCACACUCACACACACAAACACAGACACAAACACAUCCACACACACACACUCACACAAAAAAAGAAACUAGCAAUGAAAAUGUUGGUCUCUAUUCUGUUUCAGUCAGUGAGUGCCUUUCCUACCUGGACCAUCCCUUUCCCCUUUUGCAUUUCUCCCUGAGUUUGAGAAAGCAAAUAGUUUUCUGUGAUGACAGUGAUUCAUUAAACAAACAAAAUACUCUUUGAUCUUGCAUAUGCAUAUGCCCUGCCCCUUGCCAAACAAGCUCUAUCCUGCUAUAAACAUUCAGAGCUGAAGGAAUGCUCCCAAGGGGGCAGUGGCAUCUCCAUGUUAGACCUGAGGAUGCUGAGGCUCAGAAAGUUUCUUUCACUUGCCCAGGAUGGCACGACUAUGACUAGAGCAUGGUCCUUUUGUCUGCCUGACUUCAUGGCCCAGUCUCUGUCAUUUCUCUGUGGGGGUUCUGUCAGGGACUAAGCCACGAUGCGUGCACAUCCUCUUUCCUUUGUAGAAAUUAUUUUCCAAUAAAGUCAAGCUGAAACAGAAUAAGUUGCUGGUCUAGGGUAAAGAAGUCUUGUAGUCCCUGGCACAGAUUUCUCAAGAAGGAUUACCUCUGUGCACUCUGUCCAUCAGCAGAAUCAGUGGCUCCUUCAGUCCCUCCAGGGGGACCUACAGCUCCAGCAGGCUCUCCCUUGGAAAAGCACUCAGGGAAUAAAUGAUCCUAGUCUCUCCCCACCUCCUCAUCCCCAGGGUUUCAACUCUCAACUUGGCCAUGUUUAGGUCCCUGUAAAGCUGUGGAGCUGCAUCUCAGGAACACCCCAGCAAGGAUGGGUCUCCUACAAAAAAGGAAGAGACACUGCUCUGACACAUGUCUCAGAACUGAGAUGUCUGUGAUGUGGCCAGCCCUGCCGUCAGGAACAUGGGCCAGGAGAAAGCACAUUCAUCCAUGCAGAUGGGCCAAGAUGAAUGAAUGCGCCCUUCAGAUCACACAAGAAUGCUUCCUGUGUGUGGCUUCUCGACAAUAAUGUGUGAAUAGUGUGCACAGUGCACAGCCCUGACCCCAGCAAUGGUGUCAGUGUGUAUCUGCUCUGCCCAAGCUUUCCCUGCAGAGAAGGGCUUGAUUUGAAAACAAAGGGCAAUUUUCACACGGAAAGUGUUCACAUCUGUCUCUUAUGAAAACCCAUUUAGUUGGUCAUCUCCACUCAUGCCCUCGGCCAUGUCCUCAGUUUCCUUCUCACAGGGAUCCACUUCCGCUCAGAUUUCCUUAACGCCCUGGAUCCUGUUCAUUCUCAUGCUUUGUCCCAGGCAAUAUCUCCUCCUGGAGCCCUCAGCUGAGGAAUACGGAGACCCCUGUCCUCAGGAGGAGGGAGGGUCACAUGAGAUAAUGAGCACAAUUUGGAUCUGUGGAAAGGAUACCUGAAAGGCGCUCAGCGGGUGUCAGGAAUGUGCCGUCCCUUACAUGUGCCAUGUAACUAACUUAAACUGAUUUUUUCCCACCACAUUCUCCUUUGUUUCACUAUGGAUUCUUACACCGUCAGCCAAGCCCGAACUCACUGGCUCAGACGUAUGCUGUUUUGCCCACAUUCCCUGGAGUCCAGAGCCAGAACAAGGCUCCCAAGCUGGUUUUAGCCCCCUCCAUUGCGAUGAAGAACCCUCCGCAGAUGGAAGAUGAUCCACUCGAAGGCUCAUCAACCACUCAGUGGCAUCAAGUGCCUGGCAACAUUGAUGCCUCCAGUGUUGCAAAACCCAAGAAGAUCAAACGAAAGCUCCCUUUCAGCAAAUGGUUCUGCUGGACUUCACGCUCCGGGUGCAGAGACUGUGAUGCAUACCACCUCAACAUCCUGGCUCUGGAGAGAGACAUCUAUGAAAUCGGAGAGCAGACCAUUUAUGAGGAAUUCAAAUUAAUUGAGGAGCUCAGGAAAUAUAAAGCCCUGGAUUACCGUCAGACAGAGCAGCUGGCACAGUUAAAGUAUGAGUUACGGAAAGUGAGAGAUGCCUCCUGCUCAGUGGAUCAGCAUUUUGAGGUCCACCUCCCUCCUGAUGACCCUGACAACUCUGAGCGUCAGAACCUCCAGGAGCAGCUGGCUAAGGGGCCCGGGCUGGCUGAGCAAUCUGUCAGCAGGCUCAGCCCAGAAAAUGAUAAACAUCAUCAAGAUCAAACAGAUGAGGAGGUCGAGAAAGCAGAGAAGUCAGCUGCGCCCAGGCUGAGCCAGGAGCUACUGGAGGCAAAAGAGCAAAAAGCCCCAGAAGACUUCCUGGAUGACCUUUACUGGACUCUUUCAGUUCAGGGUGACCUGUCUGAUUACCACCAGCCUUAUAGCAGUGCCUCGUCCUCACUGGAGAAUCAACUCACAUGCCCUGCACUGGAUGUAGCCUCUUCCACCCAGGCCACCUGUCACCAAGGGACUCGGAGUGGAGACUUGAGCUCCCACCUAUCAAAGGUGCAGGCUUCACAGACACAGCUGGAUUUAAGCACCAUGGUGCCGAGUUUUCUACGAAUAGAGCUGGAUCAAGUGUUCCACGGUGGGAAUGGCCCAGGCAGUCAGGGCCUUUCCUCCACCACCUGCAACUUCACAGUCAAUGUUGAUUCUGAUUCUCCUUUGCUUCAUUAUGGAUUUCUACACCCACAGUCAAGACGGAACUCACUGGAUCAGACCCAGGCUGUCUUCCCCACAUUUUCUGGAGUCCAGAGCCAGAACCAGGCUCCCAAGCCGGUUUUAGCCCCCUCCAUUGUGAUGAAGAUCCCUCCACAGAUGGAAGAUGAUCCACUCGAAGGCUCAUCAAACACCCAAUGGCAUCAAGUGCCUGGCAACAUUGAUGCCUCCAGUGUUCCGAAACCCAAGAACAUCAAAAGAAAACUCCGUUUCAGCAAAUGGCUCCAUUGGCCUUUACGCUCAGGGUGCAGAGAAUGUGAUAACUAUAAAGAAAGAUUAAAAACUCUGCAACUAGAUAUCAUCAAUUACACGGAGGCAUUACUUGAAGAGGAGCUCAUGAGAACAGAGGAGCUCAGGGAAUAUAAAGCCCUGACUCAAUCUCAGGCAGAGCAGCUGGCAAAGUUACAAGAAGAAAUAGAUGCCACCAAGUUACGGAAUGAGCAAUUGAAGGCCCACGUCACUUCUGAUGACCCCGAAAAUGAUAAACAUCAAGAUCAAACAGAUGAGGAGGGCAAGAAAGCAGAGAAAUCAGCUGCGCCCAGGCUGAGCCAGGAGCUACUGGAGGCAAAGGAGCAGGAAGACUCAGAAGACUCCCUGGAUGACUUUUACUGGGCUCUUCCAGUUCAGGGUGACCUGUCUGAUUACCACCAGCCUUAUAGCAGUGCCUCAUCCUCACUGGAGAAUCAGCUUAUGUGCCCUGCUGUGGAUGUAGCCUCUUCCACCCAGGCCACCUGUCCCCAAGGGACUUGGAGUGGAGACUUGAGCCCCCGCCUGUCAAAGGUGCAGGCUUCACAGACACAGCUGGAUCCAAGCACCCUGGUGCCAAGUUGUCCACAAGAGCUGGUUUUAGCCCCCUCCAUUGCGAUGAAGAACCCUCUGCAGAUGGAAGAUGAUCCACUCGAAGGCUCAUCAAACACCCAAUGGCAUCAAGUGCCUGGCAACAUUGAUGCCUCCAGUGUCCCAAAACCCAAGAACAUCAAAAGAAAAUUCCCUUUCAGCAAAUGGAUCCAUUGGCCUUCACGCUCCGGGUGCAGAGCCCCAUCCGUUGGGAUGAAGAAUGCUCCACAGCUGGAAGAUGAUGCACUCGAAGGCUCAGCAGACACCACCCAAGGGCGUCAAGUCACUGGCAACAUUCAUGCGUCCAGUGUUUCAAAACCAAAGAACAUUAAAAGAAUACUCCCAUUCACGCUGGGUGCGGUGGCUCACACCAGUAAGCCCAGCACUUUGGGAGGCCGAGGUGGGAAGAUCACGAGGUCAAGGGACCAAGACCAUCCUGGCCAACAUGGUAAAACCCUGUCUCUACUAGAAAAAGCAAAAAUUAUCCCAGCGUUGUGGCGCUCGUCUGUAGUCCCAGCUAGCUGGGAUGCUGAGACAGAAGAAUCACUUAGAACACAGAAGGCAGAGGUUGCAGUGAGCCAAGAUCAUGCCACUGUCCUCCAGCCUGCGCGACAGAGUGAGACUCCGACUCAAGAAAAAAAGAUAAAAAGAAAACUCACGUUCAGCAACUGGAUCUGUUGGCCUUCAUGCUCAGGGUGCAGAGCAGCUGCUGUAACCUCUGUCUGGUGUCCAGUGUCCCAUGGGCUCCCAUUCUGCCAGGCCCUUUCUGUCCCCAUCUCCUCAUUGCUCUUUGAACUCUGCUCUAUUCCUUCUUAUGCUGUCUUGAUGGUCCCUCUCAUGACCACGGGAAUGCCGGGCCUACUUGUCCGCAUUAAAGUACACAGUUUAAGCUGCAGAACACAGGGUUUCUUGCCUGGAAUUGCACACUCUCUUCAGAAAUUUACCUUUCCUUCCUGUAUCCCCAACUCCAUUGUUGCUUUCUGCAGGGAGCAUGGCUUUAAUACAUCAUUUACACAUAGGUUUUCCUCUUGAGUUGGCUUUGGAGGAACCCAGCUAAGUCCACCCUUACUCGUCUCUUGUUCCUCUGAAUGAGAAGUGUUAAAGCUGAGCACAGAGAGCCCCACUUAGAAAACUAAACUUGAAUCUGGGUCACAAGUGGGAGUUCCCUACCGGACUGGAGCCAGGUUUGCCUUCAGCCCCAGAUGUGCAGACUUGUGACAAUGUAGAUGGAAUUGCCAGGGACUCAGUAUUCUCACCACAUGGACUCAUUUGUGCUGACAUUAACUGAAUGACAUUUAUGACAUUCAAAAGUACAUGCAGAGGACAGGACUUCAAAUCUGCAUACAUCAUGAGAGAUAUCAUUCUAACCUCUCUCCAUUUUAUUCUCAUUUCCAUUUCUACAUGUCCGGUUAAAAUCUAAAAUGCAACUCAGAUGAAUCUUGAGGCCAGGGUAUAUGAGAGAGUGUUUUCUGAAUUAACUCUGAGAAAUUGAUUCCAAAACCUGCCUUUAUGCAUACACGAGAUGACAGGCAAGCAUCUGUCUAUAGGACAGUCUUUGCUUUGGUUCAGCCCAAUUGAUAAGAGAGAUUUCACUGAAGUUGUCAGAGAGAAGACUGAAAUCCAUGGAACCACAGGGAGCAAAGCCAAUCAUGAGAUAAAUGGGGAAAGAAAAGAAAAUGAUGAGAAAUUGGGUUGUUCCAUUUUAUAUCUCUAAAUCUAGCUGCCAUGUAGUAAACAUUUAAUGAGAUUUCAGUUAAGAUGCAUGCCUUGA